CGGGGAACUCUCUGAAAUAUUCUUCCCUUGCUCUCGUCUCUCUGAAAAUUUUCGUGAAUUUCAUCGUUCCUUUACGCGCUUGGUUAUCGAGAUGGCGACUACACAAGUCAAAGAAGGAGAAUAUACGACUACAAUUUACGGAAUGGUAAGCUUUUUAGUGUGAUCUUACCUUGUUUAGAUCUGAUUCGGGGGUUUGAUAUUUUGUUGACAUCGGUUGCUCGGGAACAACGUGAAAUUUGUGAGAGUUAAAAUUGGGUUCCCAGCUGCUCAGCUUAAAGUGUUUUACAGUUCAUAUGUUCUAAUGACUUUCAAACGUCCAUUACUUAGUUAAUGUAGGUUUUUAUCCAGUCAUAAUGCUGUAUUUUGGCUCUCAGAGCCUGUGUGCUCUUAGUGUAUGACCGUAGUUGAGCUUUGACAUACAGUUAUCCCUUCCCCCCUAACCGGGGGAAGAAUGCUACAUUGGGGCAUUUCAUUUUAAAUCUGCAUUUCCAAUAUGGUAGGCAUUUUUUGUAAGGUAUGAAUGGUAUUGAUGGACCUUGUUGGCUCAAAAUGUAGGGAGUUUGAAUUGCCAUGCAUUACCUUGAGGUAUGCAUAGUGCCAUCUUCCUGCUAAAUUUUGAGUUCUCCUUAUUGCUGGUUUGCACGUGACGUCACAGCAGCCAUGUUGGUGGUGUGUUCGUGGUCAGAAAAAAACAUUUCUCUCCUCUGGGAACUAAACCCUAUUUUCUGUAAAUUGUUCGAGAAAAAAUUCUACCGUAUUGACCACCAACACACCACCAACAUGGCCGCCUUCUCACGUGGUUGCAAGCCAAGAAUCUGGGUGCUGUCAAAAUCUUUCAUCAAUCCAUUUGUUAGAGAUGAAUGAAUCUGACUUGGGAAAGAUGGACUCUCUAGAUCCUGACUUCCAGUGGCAGAUCUAGAAGCUCACAAAAAAGGGCUUGUGAGAAUCAUGCCUUCUAAGUGAGGAGGGAGGAUUGGUUGUUGGUAAACAAUGUCUUGCCUCAUUGUUAAUUUUGUCAGUAGGGCUCUGAAACCUUCUUUACCUGUAUUUUGUAAACCUUGUAUACACUAGUCAGCAAAAUAUGUCCAACCCUAGUGCAUCUUCAAUUCCCAUUCUAGAUAGGGUAAAUGUUUUUAUAAAGCUAUUCAUAAAAUUAUUUUGCUGCACUAUAUUAAUUUUGUAGAUAAAGAAUCAAAAGUUUCAUGAAGCAAUCCAAAUCCUCUCCCAGGAGCUGGAGAAUCACCCUAAGGCAAGUUAACGUAAUAUAAAGUGAGGGAUGGUAAUGUGGCCAAGUAUUGGACUUUAACUUUAUUUGAAUCAUAACUUAUAGAAGUGUCAACAGAAAAGUACAGUUUGAAUAGUUUUGUGUGGGUCAGCGUAGUGUGCAAAAAGUAAGGGAGAAGACUUCUCUGUUACCUACAUUUUACAUUGAACAACUGAAAGUUUUAACUCCAAUAUUUAUAGUAGCUGAGUUUGUUUAUAGUACCUUCUUCACAAAGAAAUGAUAGAACUCUAUGAACCUUUUCACCAGGGUUCUCCCUCACCCAUCCAUGCGGAACGAGAGUGAGAGGGGGAUGGCUAGGAGAGAACCCUGGGAACAAGAAAUAACCAAAAUAAAACUGAUUUUCAAUGACUUUUUUUUCUCUCAGUCGAGAGCAGCAUUGUCCUUGUUAGGCUACUGUUACUUUCAAGUUCAAAGCUUUGAUGCAGCUGCUGACUGGUAAGUACAUGUAUACAUGUUAUAGGCAAAAUAACUCCAAAGUUUAAACCAGUAUUCAGGGUAUUAGGAUUAGCUUUUUGGUAGGGCUCUAAUCUUGGUAUCUUAGUAGGGGAGGGCAAGGAGUGGGAACCUGGGAGAAGAGGGAGUGGGAGGGGUACAGGAGAUGGAAGAGAAAAGUGCCUCCAUCUCCCCCUCCCCAAUGUAAGUUGAAAACUGGUUUAAACUGAGAAAUACCUACAACAUACACACUGCAUAGCCCACCUGCAGUUCCACUUUAAAGCAUAUUUUAAGUUAGGCUUAUGCCUCUUACUGGGACUCUAAUAUAAUGAUAAACUUGAGGUUUUAACCAGGAAAUUCUAAGUGGUAGAGGACCUAAUUCUCUAUGUAAUUCUGGGGGCUAGUCUUCCCCCGUGAAAAAUUGAACUCUCUCGGGAAAAAGAUUUCUUACUCGCUGUAGCAAAAUCCCAAAUCUUUAUCAGCUCUUAAGUUAGCUGUUCUAAAACUGAGGUCUAACUUAUUUUCCCUUAUUUCUCCAAAAAUUUGAGUUUACCUCUGUGUAAAAACCUGUGAAGUUUUUCAUUGUUUUCUAGCUAUUAUUUUCCUUGGCUCUAUUGUGUUGACCUCUCGGUGGCUUCUUUGUAUUCAUUGUUUUACUUCACUCAUGAGUUUCACAGGUUUUUACACAUAGGAUGGGCCAAAAAUUUGGCCUUCGAUGGCGUGGCUAAAACCUAGCUUAAUACAUGCAUGUUGAAAGUCAAAAUUAAAUUCAAGUUAAAAUUUUUCAACCUAGGUCCAUCCUCAAUUUCCUUUGUCUGUCAUUAUCUCACAAUUAUAGUUAUGGCCAGCUCACACAGAUUCAUCCUGAAGUAGAUGAGUACAAGUUAGCUUAUGCUCAGGUUUGUGAGACAAGGAAGGUUUUUGUGGUUAAUUUUUUUUUGCUCAUGAUGGUGAGGUUUUAUACACCUGCACAGACACACCCAUACACACACACAAAAACUUUUGUGGUAAUAUUGUAUGGUUGAGAAAGAUAAGUCAAUGCACUUAAGUAAAAAGAUUUAACUCAAUUUUGAGUUGUAAAAUAAUUUAUUUCCUGGAUAUCAGAUAUUAAAAGUCAAGUUCUGAGAGAUCUCGCCUGUGCAAGUUCUUGAGGGCUCUUUUUUUAUCAAUUUACUACUUGUCUAAAAAUUAUUUUAAUGUCAGUGUUUUUAUCGUAAACCUUGCUUACCUUGGAUUGUACUGGCGUACUAUCAGACCUGGUCUUUUUUGUGUGGACUUAAGAGCAUUUUUCAACUCACCAAGAGGUGUUAUUUUCCUAUAAAACUGUACUACUUGCCUUGUUAAGAAGUUCUACUUUAAGACAAAAUUCCUUUUACUAUUAACAGUACUGUUGUAAUGCAAUGUCAUUUUAUUUUCUUUACAGUCCUUGUAUAAAGCCUUCAUGUAUCCGGAAGCCAUGAAAGCAACAUUUCAGAUUGAAAAUCCUACCUACCAUUCCAAGGUGAGGCCUGCACUACACCUUGGAAGUAUAAUCUCAUUUCUACUUGUGUAUUAGUGUGAUAUGUAAUUCAUUGUGUUGUGUAAUUCCAGAAAACAACCCUUCCCCCCCACAGAAGGGAUGGGAAAUUCCAUGUGGGACUGGGGUCUCAAAGACUGAAAAAAAAAAUAAAAGAAAAUAAAAGAAAACAAUGUAUGAAGGAAAAUUGGAAUUUCCACAGGGGAGGUGGGUUCACAGAGCAAACCCCUUAUAUGGGCGGAGCUACACACUUUAUCUUGGUUUAGAGGUAGAGGACCCACAAGCAAGAGGAGGUGCUUACUGACUUUCAAGUUUUUAAAGGACACUUCUUGGAGUUCUUUGAACUUCUAUUUUGUUCAGUUGGGUUACGUUUUAGAUUAACUUGUCUAGCAUAUUUCAUAAACAUGAAAAUGGUAUUCACCAGGUGCUGAAACUUCAAGCUGCUAUAAAAUAUGGAGAGGAAGAUUUACAAGGAGCUAAGGUGAGUGUUGCUAUGACUAGUACAUGUACAUACAGUCUUGUUUUUCAUUGUCAUUGUAAGUGGUCCCUUACAUCACAAGAGUUCAAAGCCAGGGUUUAAUUUAUAUUAUAACAAAGUUCAGAUAUAUUGCACACUCUGACUGGUUGAUAAAGUGACAGUGCUUUUUGAGAGUAUAAAAUAUGCUGAUGACACUCUUCUUCGCUUUGGAAAUAAAGGUUGUUUUGAAAAUUAGAAAGUAAUAUGUGGGGAAUGUAACAGAUUCUCUAUCAUAAAAUCCAUAAAGAAGCCUUGACUGUGUUCUGUUCUGUUGUAAAGCACACAGGAAGCAGCGAGAGCACGAAAUAAGUGGGAAGAAACACCAGACAUGGUCAAGUGUUUCCCCCUACACCUUUUUCGUGCUCUAGCUGCUUCCUGCAUGCUUUACAACAGAACAGAGCACAGUCAACGCUUCUUUAUUUAUAAACUGUAUAUUAAUUUGCUCUAUUAUUUUUAUUGCCGCUGAUGAAAAAAAGAAAAAAAAUCAGACCAAAAAUUUUUUAAAUGGUCUUUCAAAACAUAAUUGAUAUUCUACGUGUCACAAUGGUCAAAUUAAAUUUCAGGUUAAUUUUGAUUUAACCUAGGUUGAUUCUCAAUUUCCUUUGUUUCCUAGCCCUACAAGACAAAGGAAAUUGAGAAUCAACCUAGGUUAAAUCAAAAUUAACAUGAAAUUUUAUUUGACCCUAGACAUAUAAAUGGUUUCUUGUUCUUACGUGUCAUUAUACAAAGAAAGAAGGAAUGUAAAAUUUGUUUUUUAGCAUUAAAAGCCGUUUGCAUAAGUAGCUGUCUCUUCUAUCAUGUUAAGGAACAUAAGCAAAUCAAACAAGAAGUUAGCACACAUGAAGUUUAUAGACAUAACUGUGAUGCUGGUGCAUCAAUUUACUUUGUGACAGUACAUUCUCUGUGUUGUAAAUUUAGAGCAUGGUAGAACAAUGUCCUGCUGAUGAUGCAGACACAGAAAUCAAUCUGGGCUGUCUUCUGUACAAGGUAAGAAAAAACACUAUCAGCUGUGAAAAAGAUAUGUGAUAAUUAGUGAAAUCUAGACACUGUUGCCACAAACUGUAAUAGUGCAUCAAGACUUUAACAUCCUGGAGCAUGUCCCCUUGUAGAUGUUAGCAAAAUGAGCCACCUCGUAGGCUUAAAAAAUAUUUUUCAUUGCAAAUACAAUUAUGUUACAAGUGGCUAAUAAUAUUCAAAGUAAUCUUGUUUUCAUCAUGCUGAAUUUAUUGUUUGUCCCCUGGUUAAUGCACCAACCAUUUUAUAUUCAAUUUAUAUUUUAAAAAAAAUCAGUCAGGGCUGUGCCCUAGCAGAGCCCGAUGGCCCUUGACGCCCAACUUUUGCUUUUGGGAAACUAGCAACUCUUUAUUUUUCAUUCAAAUCACAUGUUGGGCACCCUAGAUUUUCAGGUUCAGAGCACUGGGCUCCCUUCAAGUUUCUUUAAAGUAGCGCUGUGUCAGUCUCAUUUUUCCAACCAGUUCUCAUAAGUUGUGUCCAUACAAUCAUGGAUGAUGGAUUUAUUUGCCUUUAAUGUCUGUCUUUCAUUGUGUCCUGUCGCUGUUGUAUGGUUGUCAGUUACAUGUACAGGUGUAGGCCUUAAAGAGUAAAUACUGUUUAAAAUAUUGAUAAAAAGUCACAUCAAAAUUUGUUUUUAAUUAGGAGGGUAGAUAUGCUGAGGCUUGUCAAAAAUUCCAGACAGCUAUGAACAUUCUUGGAUAUCAACCAGGUAACCAUGUUUUAAAACUUGUCAGAGAGUAUAGUAACUGUGCAGCCUGUAGAUGUCUCUUUUGCAAAUAUUACCAAGACUUAUUUACCUUCCUAUCCUCUAGUUUCCAUUUACAAUGGAACGUCUAUUCAGGGGACACCCUCGAGACUGAGGCGAUAUCCCAGUGUUGGUGUUCAAGUGUCCCUUGAAUAGAGGUUGUGCUGGGGUUUGUUAAUAAUUGACCAACAAAGACAACAUAAAAAAAUCGUCUUCAGCUUAUAUCUGCGACAUUAUAAUAUGUUGAAUUCACACAAGUGCAGUACAUCAAUUUAAGUCGAAUAUUUCAGUUUGUGAAAGUUCCAGAAGUUUACACUUAAAAUAUCAAUUCUUUUUGUGGUCAGUCACUUUUUGAUUGCUAAGGUGUCCCCUGAAUGGAGGCUAAACACGGGUUUUGGGACCCCAAAAAAGUGUCCCUUUCCCCGAAUAGAGGUGUCCCUUCAAAAGAGGUAAUAAAUACAUAAAUUAUGUGGGCAUUUUUUCGGGACCUGAUCAGAGACCUUGUCUCUUGAAUAGAGGUAUCCCAAAGGAAAGGUUCCACUGUAUAUUAUCUCUAAUUUUCUUCUUCACACCCUCUAAGGCGUGUAAUUUUUCUUAACAUGUGAUUUGCACUCGUGUCUUGGAUUUAUCAUCCAUUAUUUUUUUCAGAUCUAUCAUACAACAUAGCAUUGUGUUUCUACAGCCUAAAACAGUAUGCACCUGCCCUAAAACACAUUGCUGACAUUAUUGAAAGAGGAAUCAGAGAGCAUCCAGGUUAGUAAAUAUUAAAUUUAUAAUUAGAAUCAUGAUAGUAAUUGAAGGGUUUCCUGCAAAAAGGGGGUAAUUUGCCUAGUAUCAAUAUUCUCUUAGAGUUACUUUGUAACAUACAUGUAACUUAAAUGCGGUUCAAUUAAAGCUGGUUAUCAGUGGCCUACCACUGCCUAUAUGGGCCUCUUACCUCUCUGUCUAUAAGGAAUUUGAACUUACAAGUUGCUCCAAACAAACUGCCAAUGUUGAAACACUUGUUCUGAAUAACGCUGUUGCAAAGUGGCAUGCAAAAGAACAGCCAAUGUUUCACUGUAAAAAAUGACGCACUAUUUCUUAUUAUUCUAGAACUCAGUGUUGGGAUGACGACAGAAGGUAUUGAAGUCAGAAGUGUUGGAAACACCAAGGUUAGUUGUACCUUUGGCUGGCUAAGAAAUGAAAAGAUCGAUAUUAAUUUUAUAUAGUUCUUGUCUUGACCUGUCUCAAGUUUACUGACUUAAUUCCUAACCAGUGUGGCAGACUGGUUAUAUUUCUAAACACUUGUCAAUUCUUAAACUAGUACCAGUUUAUUGUGAUGAUAAUAAGUUCAGUUUAUAGAUGGAGGCUUUAUUUCUAUUUUUCAUUUCAGUUGCUGUCUUAUUAUUUACAUCAUUGUUUAAGAGUCAAAAUUAAUUCACCCUCUGUUACAUUUAAAUAUAUUUUUAUUUGGUUCAAAUUAUUGAUUUUCUUCCUUUUAUAGGUUUUACACGAAACAGCUUUAAUUGAAGCUUUUAACCUAAAGGCAGGGAUUGAAUACCAGCUCAAAAACUGUAAGCUGUUGUCAGUUGUGGUUGAAUGCAUGCUUGAUUGAUUUGCAAACUUUUGAAGCGGUGUUUAUACAUAUUGCUUUGUUCCGGUAUGUCAUUUUUUAUAGACUGAACUAAGUAUUAGUCUUGUCUUAUUUUUUAUGAAAUUUCAUCAGUACUUAACUGAAUGUGCUUUUGAAUUUUAGUUGAUUCAGCACAAGAAGCACUGACGGAUAUGCCUCCAAGAACUGAAGAGGUAGCUUAACCCUAAUUAGUUUAAUUUUCUACUCACUGUAUGUUUACUAAAAUAGUCACACCUUAAAGCACUGUACAUGGAUUUCUUUGAGCACUGGUUGUAUAUUGUUUUAAAUCAACAUAAUAAUUAUAUUUAACACCAAUCUGUACUUUGCAAGUUUUGAGAAAGAUGUGAAUGUCUGCAAACAACAAUACACAACCUAAAAAUAUGUAUACUUUAACUAACAAAUGAUUUUAACUUGAUGAAAAACUACAGGAACUUGACCCAGUCACUUUACACAACCAAGCUCUUAUGAACAUGGAGGCUAAUCCAACACAGGUGCAGUAUAUAUCUGAUUAGAAGUCUCUCUUCUGCACUGUCAUUUAAUUCUUCCUUCCUGGCUUCAGUUUUCCCAUGGUAAUAUUAUUUUUUAACUAAGAAUGUCUUUUUUCGCUUUGAAGGGAUUUGAAAAGCUUCAGUUCUUGUUACAACAAAAUCCAUUCCCACGAGGUAAAAACAAAAACUGUAUUAUUUACUGUUAUUGUUUAUUCUCAUCCAAUCAGUCACAUGCAUAGACUAAGGCAAGUCAUUGUAACUGUUUCCAGAUGUCAUAGUGAAAGCAUAAUACAAGUGUUAGAACCAUAAUUUUAUUGUUAUGGACUAUAGAAUGUUCUAGCUGGACACUGAUAGGCAAAAUAAUUUGCAGUUUUAUGUAUAAAAAUAUUCCAAUAAAUAAUGUAGCUGUAGUUUUGGCGCUUCUUAAUCCAGCCAUGUCAGCAUUAUGGAAUGAUGCUUUAUAUUUUAUGCAUGCAAAGAAGAGUCUAGUAUGCAGUAGCUGUCUUCACUGUCAGUAAUCAAGACAGACCUUGGGUUAUUCCUUUUAUAAAAUGUCCCACUUCUAGUUCUGUUUUAUUUAAUUUGAAUCUAUCACACCUUUUGUUUUGUAGAAACAUUUGGAAAUCUCCUGCUGCUAUAUGUUAAAUACCAGGUACUGUAAGAUGCAAGUAACAAAAUAACCCACAAUGAAACAAAUUAGAUAAUCACCACCUUUAGCAUCAGAAUUUAGAAAUAAAGUGAAAAUGUGAAAUAUGUCACAUACAUAAAUGUCAUGAUCGAAUUGAUGUGUUCUUUUAAAUAGCUAGAUAUUAGCAGUGAUUAACUAAGACAUAUGUACCUCUGGCUAAGUUUUUGUUCAGAAUUGCACUGAGAGGCUGCAACAAAAGUGUUUUCCAGUAGUCAGGGGUCAGUAGAUUUCUCUGUCAAACUAGUGUAUUUACAUGUCACAAUAUUACUCCUCUUCGUUUUUUAGUAUUUUGACCUGGCUGCAGAUGUGUUGGCUGAGAAUGCUCACCUGACUUAUAAAUUCCUCACACCAGUAAGUGAUUUGAACCAACAUUGCAAAAUGUAACAGUUUUAAUUUAUAGCAAAUGUUCUUUUAGCUGCUCCAGCUAACAUACAGGAACUCCUUAGACAUGUUUAGCAACAGUGACUGGGAGAAGACAAACAAGCUGGCUUUUAACAAACAUAGCUACAGCAGUAAACUCUAACAGUUGGAGUUUUGUCAACCUGUCAACUUGUUUUAAGUUACAGGGAAGGGAUUUUUAUCAAAGGUUUUCCACAAAGGGACCCACGAAGACAUUCAAAAUAUUUCUGACAUUAUCAGUUCCAGUGCAUUUCCUUCUAAUAUUUGAGAUUUCUUGCAAAGUACAAUCACUCACAUGAACUCCUCUUUUUUGUCUACCCAAACCAGGGUUUGAAAAAAGGAAACUUGAAUUCCAGCUUGUCCUUCUCCUUACAAAGGACAGCUAUCACAUUUUGCUCGCCUGACCUGUAUAUGGAGCUUGUGAAUAUGUCCAUAGUAGAUUUUGCAAGAAUCUAUAAAAUGUAAAUGUUGCCUGGGGCUAUUACUUGCUUGCCUUAGUUAACAGACCCUUUUUUUUCUUUGGAGAUUGUUGAGUGCGUAUAUGAAAAUAAAAACCGCGGCAGAUUUAGUCACUCAGUGCUUGCUCUAGCAUGCUUGCUUUGCUGGUGGGCUGUCAAAUUGUCAAAAAAAAAAGGAAAAGAAAAACGCCUGUGGAAAUGCUUCAUGUAAGUUAAUGCGUUGGCUACAAGUUGACUUUUCUGGGCUUUUGCCAACAUUAAAGGAACACAAACCUGUUCGUAGGGAAGAGUUAUAAACCACUUUCUUUGACUAUGUUGUGAUUUAAUUUUAUCUUUGGUUUAAAUGUUAUUUUCCUUUGUUUUAAACUCAUUAUCAUACAAUGUACAUUACCAUACCUUAAAACAAAGGGAUAUAAAAUUUAGGCUAAGUAAAAUUGAACCACAACAACAACACCAACCAAGCAGGCUUGUCUGCUUGCUUUAUUUAUUAGUGAAUCUGAUCAAGUAUUUCUGAUUCUUUUUUUUGUACAGUACAUGUAUGAUUUUCUGGAUGCCAUGAUAACACAGCAAACAUCACCAGAGGAGGUUUGUAUCAGAAGACUGCCGUAAUCUACAGUUUAUUGACAGCUAAAUGUAUUGAUUUAUCUUUAUUGAUGGACUACAGUAUGUAUGACCACUAAUUGUGAACCCCUUGACCACCAACUUUUGUCAAUUCAGUCCAGUGUCUGGUUAAUAGUUAAAUUUUUAACAAUAGAAAUAAGCUGAAUACAUUUUACUUUAGUAAUCCAGUACUUACUAUUGUCAAUUCAGGUGUCCAUUGAAUAGGGGUUUGAAUUAGGAAAAGCCAAAUACAAUUUACUUUUAAUUUCAGUAACCCAGGUGUCUGUUUAAUAGGAGUUUCUUAUAAAGGAAAAUAUAAGACGUUAAUUUCAGUACCCAGCUUAGUGUUCACUUAAAACAGGUUUCACUGUACAUAAGAAACUUGCAAACAUAAUAACUAAACUGUAAGCAAUAAUGUUAAUUUGGAUUAUUUAUGUGAAUCUUCGUUUCGUGAUUGGUUAUAACACAGAUGUUCUUAGUUUGACCCAUAAAAGAAGGUUUAUCCACAAUUUUUAGAAAAGUCAUUGAUUUGCAAAUAAUUUAUUUGAUUAUGAUUUCAUAGGCUUAUCGAAAGUUAGAUGACAUGGCCACAAAACAGACAGAAACCUUAAGGAAACUAACAAAACAGGUUAGUGGUCUGUUUGGUUUAGUAUUUUAAAGAUCAAUCCACAGGAAUUUUUGUAUAUGUUACAGGUCAAAUUUGAUUUCAGGUUAAUUUUGAUUUAACCUCAUCCUCGGAGACCCAGGGGCAGAGCGACCGUCUGGAACUUGUCUGGUAAGACAUUGUCCCCAGGGGCUCUUCUCGCCGUUCUUUACUGCCCCUGGGUCUCCGAGGAUGAUUUAACCUAGGUUGAUUCUCAAUUUCACUUGUUUGGAAAGCCUUUUUACUAUGAGGGUAGAAGAAGAGGAUAUUAAGAGUAUUAUAAUGUUUGUUUUUCUAAGGAAUAGAAAAAAUUGUGGUUUAUUUCUCUCUGUUUUAGUGAAUCAAACUUAAUGUCCAUUAAGCUACUAAGCAAACACAUAACAUCAUGUUUUUCAGGGUUUUUAUUUUAAAUUGAUGCAUUCAAAAGAGCCAUAAAUGUCGAUUGUACAAAACCUUAAUUUACAACCGCACCAGUUAUUUCAUACAUGCAGUUUGCAACACAAACAGAGGAUGGUAGACUAUGUGCAGGACAAGCAUAAAUAAGUUGUUGAUAGCAUCAGCCAUUAUUUAACGAACAUUUUUAAAUUAUUCCUUUUUUAAUAAAAUGUACUGUGCUUUAAGGUUCAAGAAGCAAGACAGAAUCAUGAUGAUGACACUGUUAAGAAAGCUGUGAAUGAAUACGAUGAAGCUUUGGAAAGGUACCAACAACAUUGCUUGGCUUAUUGAGGCGCUGCUCUCUUCCUUCUUUUUCCUCCUGUUCUGCUGCUCUCCUCCCUUUUCUCUCACUCAUUUUUCUUUACCAAUUACUCUUACUUUUCUCUCUCCCUUUCUUCCUUUUCUUGUUGGUCCUGUGUCUUUUCGUUGUCCUUCCCUCUUAGCCCUUCCCCUCUAUUACCUCAUGCCUUCUCCUCCAUCUACUCUUACUUUUCUCUCUCCCUUUCUUCCUUUUCUUGUUGGUCGUGUUUCUUCUCCUUUUUCUUUCCCUCUUAGCUCUUACCCAAGACUACCCUACGCCCUCUCCACCUCUUUCCCUCCCCCCACCUACUUUUAGUUCUUCUCCUCAUCCAAGCCCUACUGCUUCCUCCUUAUUUCCAUUCUCCCCUCAUCCCCCUCUUUUCUCUUUUCAACCUUUCAUUUUCCUCUACCUUCUCCUUUUGCUCUUCGCGUUCUUCCUGUUCUUUGUACCGCUCAAAGUUACUGCCCUCCUCCAGGACCUCCCAUCCCCUUCUUGAUUGAAAAAGAAGUAUUUCUCGGAAUUUUCAAGGUUAUCAGUCAAGAGUUAGGACAAACGAUUUUAUGAUAUUUUUGUUGCAGGUACAUCCCUGUGUUGAUGUCUCAAGCGAAAAUAUACUGGGAUCUUGAUAAUUAUGCACAGGUUGAAAAGGUAAAUGAUAAAAGUGCUCUUUUUGGAAAUUGUAGUUGAUCUCUUGUUUUUGUUUUUUCUAAAAAAAAAAUCAGGAAACCUCAGGUUUUUACCCUACCGAUAAGACCUUUUACAUGUAUCUCUUCAGUCACUACUGACAUCAUCUCCAAGCUUAUAAAUAAUCGCACAAUAACGCAGGCAAGUUUUUUUGUAAACUCAAACAUCCUUGUGUUUUUUUGCAGAUAUUUAGAAAGUCUGUCGAGUUUUGCAAUGAACAUGAAAUUUGGAAGCUAAACGUGGCUCACGUAUUAUUCAUGCAAGUAAGUAAAGCCGCUUAUGCUGCAAACAAUGAACUGUACAAACUUAACGAAACAGACAGCGUACUAAGUUUUCUUCAUUUUUCUCAAUAGGAAAAUAAAUACAAAGAAGCUGUUGGUUUUUAUGAGCCAAUCGUAAAAAAGCAUUAUGACAAUGUAAGUAUGUAUGUAGUUCUUCUUAAAGUGUAACUAACCUCCAAAAAUGUUCAUCGUAAACGAAAUCUCUUAAUACCUGUGCGAAAAAAUUAUAGUAAUUAAAAAAAAAAAAACCCGCGUUCCUCAGCUGUUUGAAGUGAGGUGCUUUCUGUUUCAUUACCCGAGCAUUUGUGGGAGCUGGGUACGAACGUUGUUGUGACGUCAUCUAAGGAGACCAUUUGCCGUGUUUUCAUGAACUUACAACCGGGAAUCAAGAUAGGUGAGGGUGUUUUACACCAGUGGUACAUAAAAGCGAUCAAAAUUCAAAGAGACAUGUCUUCUAGUGGAUUAAAUACUUUGAAUAGGUUUGGAACGUUGGCGGUGUGCGGCCAUUGAUGCGUGGUACCGACAAUUUCUUAAAAGCUACGUAACUCUAUGCAUGAUGUCAAAUGCUUAAUUCUGUAUGCAAAAUGAAAUUAAUCGAAGUCAAGAAAAAAUAGCCCGUGAGCAGUCUUCUUUCUUUCCUCCGGGCCCCUCGCGCAUGUGCCCUAUCUAUAAAAUAAGAAACUGCUUGCGGUGUAUGAAAAAAAGUCUCUUGUCUUAAACCGACAGGUUUGCGAUAUCGACGGUUUUUGUCUUAAACGUGGUCAAGUUUUGAAGGCGUCGGCAGCACUUCCCCAUCCGAAAUACCCUUGGGGGUGGGGGAUUACAUUUUUUUAAGAGUGAAAUUCAGCUAUUAGAUCAUAUUAUCUGAAAUCAGAUGCUUCUACUGAAAUGCUGUGCCCAUGUUGUCAUGUUUUUCAGAUCCUUAGUGUUAGUGCCAUAGUGCUAGCCAAUCUCUGUGUGUCCUACAUCAUGACCAGUGCUAACGAAGAGGUUAGUACCGUGGUGUUUGUUUUUUACCAAGUAAUCAUUGUUGAUAAAUCAGUUCUUUCAUGUACGUAAUAUUGUUGCUCUUUCCUUUUGUUUUGCAGGCCGAGGAAUUAAUGCGAAAAAUUGAAAAAGAAGAGGUGAGGACAUGGUUUUCUUGUUUAGAAUGAGUGAGUUUAUGAAUGAUCACUGAAGGAACUGUAUUUCAUUUCAUUUUUCUGUGUGUGACGCUGUCUUUUUCAGGAACAAGUUGCGUAUGAUGAUCCGGACAAAAAGAUUUACCAUUUGUGUAUAGUGAACCUUGUUAUCGGGUUAGUGAUGCGAUCAGUUUUUGUGCAAGCUAUACAUGUUACAGGUCAAUCUUUUCUCUUCUUUUAAAAUUCUGUUUUUCUCUGUAGUAGGACAUCGUAUUAUAGGCAAUAUGACUUUGCCAGAAAGUCUGUUCAUAAACUGUCUAUUUUCUCUUUAGAGAUCAUAAUUAAAACCACGGGGGACUUUUCAACCGCAAGCGCAAAGGGGUUUGGGUAGUUGGCUCGCUCGUUUAAUUUCUUCCCCUCCCCACCCCUCCCCACCGCCAAAAAAAGGGUAGACGAGAACUUUUGAAUUUUCAUGCGGUGGCCAAUGUAUGUAAUUUAUUCAGUUUUCGCGUUUCUUUGUAUUGGUUCUUAAAGUAAGGCGAACUUUCUCUGCGUGCCAGAAAGCAAGUUUGCAAUGUUUGAUUGCCAUUUAAAACUACUCUACGUUUUUGCUGCUGUAUUUCUAGAACCUUAUAUUGUGCCAAGGGAAACUACGAGUUUGGAAUAUCCAGGAUAAUGAAGAGCUUGGAGCCCUACAAUAAAAAGGUGGGAUUCUUUUGUUACAGUUACAUGGCACAUUCACCAAACUUACCUGAUAACCUUAGCUUCCGCCCAACUUACCUUAUCCCUUGUCAGUCACUCAAGUCAAGGUGUGGUAGAACUCAUCAGCCUGCGUGGGACACGCGCGUGCCCGCGACGGUCUCUAGAGAAUGCUUGAAGACUACGCGAGAGGUGUUCAAGUUAAUAGGAGAAUCUCCUUUGCUGGUUAAUUUCACUCGUUUGCGUUGCCUUUUAUUUUCUUCAUUGUAGCUUGGAACAGAUACGUGGUUUUACGCCAAAAGAUGCUUUUUGUCGCUGUUAGAGAACAUGGUAAGGAGCACUGAAAUGAUUAUUGUAAAAAACUCUUGUGAGUCUUUAUUCACGGCUAAUAAUAGCCUCCGACGCAUAGUGCUCAGGUUUCGUCACGCGUUCCUCCCUCACAUUCGCUUGGGAGGAUGAGGUGACGGGCCAAUCGAACGACCCCAUCAGUUGAAGCUUAGUCUGCUACACAGCCGUUUUUAGUGUCGUCACGCAACGCUUUUCGAAGAGCGUUACCGUGGCCAUCGUAAAGCAACGCGCGUGAAAAUUGUCCCACGCAUUUCUCGCGAGGGGUGAUUUUUACGCGCGCUCGCGUUUCGCUCGCUCUACUAUCCCUGAGGAAAAAUGGGGACUACUCGUUGUCUAAUUCCAAGGCAGGAUGUUUGUGAUGAAUCCAGCCGCCUGCCAAUCUCUGGCCGCCGUAAAAGGCAGCAGCUUUCGCCUUGUGCUUUAAUGUUAGAUCACAUGUCGUUGCCAAUUAGUCAACUCUCGCCUUGCGGACUUCCCGCUAUAACGGACACCCUGAUAUAGUACGGACAGCAGCUAAAUCCCGGCCAAACAUAAAUCACAGAUGUUUGACUGAAAUAAUUUCCCGCUAUUACGGACUCUCGCUAAAGAGGACACUAACCCAAGGUCCCUAUAAUGUCCGCUAUAAAGGGAGUUGACUGUAUAUAUUUUUGUCAUUUUUAUUUGUUCUUUUUUAAGAGAAAUCGCCCAUCUCAUUUUAUUCAGUGUAGUAUCGUCUGCAACAACAACAACAACAACACAACAAAAGCAACAGCACGAAACUUUAUUUUCUGUUUUCCUUUCAGGCUAAGCAUAUGAUUAUGUUGCGAGAUAGUGUCAUACAGGACAUUAUUCAGUUCUUGGAGCACUGUGAAGGUAAUGACCCAGGGCAGGAGCUCAUCAGGAGCUCUAGCCCGGGGGUACUGCCAUAUAUGGGCAAUAUAGCUAUGUGCAGCCGCCGCUGUGAAGGAUAUGUUUUUAAAGUACUCCCGGGUUAAUGACCAAGUCUGGACAAACAACCUGUGAGCAAGCGCUCCAUAUGAAAGUCGCGAGAGUCGAAGGUGACGCGCGAAUGAGCCUCGAAAGAUAAUGGCGAAGAGAAGAAGGAAAGGUCUGUCUCUCCAGUCUUUCCUCCUCCCUCGCACUUGCUUGUAGCCUAUUCUAGGCGUCCAGAUAGUCGGAAUAGAGCAAAGAGAAGUGAGCAGGGGAAAAAUAAAAAACUAUGUGGGUUGGGGUAGGGAGAGUAAGCGAUCUCUCCCUUUCUGCGUCCUUUUUUUCUCUAUUUUCUAUUACGCGACACUCUCCACUAUCUGAACGCCUGAAUCAGCGCAGGCUCGCUUCGCUUGUGAUUAAGGUGUGGCUCUUUGCUAUCCGCGAUUCUCAAAUGUAGAGCUUACUUACAGGCAAGGACAAGCAAUCCUUCGGGCUUCAAUACACUCACUUUCCUCCCAUCUCCCGUUUUUAUCUCCUAGCUAUGUGUAUUCCGACCAUGCAAGUUAUAGGAGAGCUUCUCCGAGACUUGAUUUUGCGCCGAAGAAAAUUUAAUUUAAUUAGUCAAUUCCGGAUAUUAUUAAAGAGAGAAUUAAGAUUAUCAACAUUAUUUUGAUGAUUACUGUCACUUGUGUGAAAUUUUCCCUUUCUUGAACCUUUUAUAGACGAGCGUUUUACUUGUACCAUAUAGUAAAAUCCCGUUCACGCUGCAUUCUUGACGAUUAUAAUUAAAGUUUAUUUUCUGUUUACUUUGCAGUUUACGGCAAGAAUGUAGCAGCAGUUGUUGAACAGCCCUUAGAAGAAGAAAAGAUGCACCCUGGAAAAAAUACCGUUACCUACGAGGCCAGAGAGUUAAAGAGCCUUUUUCUUCGCUUGGUUUAAACUAGUGUCAUACACGCCGUUGAUCAAAACUGACUGAAAAGGCGCGAAAAAUAGGUCACCUGCAUGCAGGUCACCGUUGCACGUGGCCCAGAGAAAAGCAACUUUUGUAUUUUAUUGCUAAAAAGACGUUUUAGUUGCAUUGAUAGAGCGUUUUCAUAUGACAUCACGGCGGCCAUAUUGGUGUUCCAAAACAAUCAAACGGCGGCCAUCUUGGUCUUUCAAACCUAGCCUGUGGAGUUGAACUCGUUUCUUAUGUGUGUAAAAACUUUCUUUUGUUCCAAUAAAUUAGCAUAGAUGCUGGCCACGUGAGUGAAAACGCCCUGUUUCUAUAAAAAAAUAUUGAAUCAGCAACAACCAAGAAAGCAGACCUGUUAUGUUCUGUUGUAUGUUUUUGUCUUUAAUCUAUGCUUAAAACGUUUCCGCCGACGGUAGACUCGCUUGUUGUAAAUAUUUGUUGUAUCUAAGUGUAAAUAUUAGAAUUAUGGCGAUGAUCUAAUAGACGCCCACUCUCAAAUAAACGCCUCUUAUCUAAUAAAUGCUCCCCU